CCAAGCCGUUUUUGAAGAAACCAGAACCCUGCCAAAGGGACCCCUAAUCUGAUGUGCACCUGAGUUCGAAGCCGGACCCCUAAUCUGAUGUGCACCUGAGUUCGAAGCCGAAUUCACGACUGCAAUUGCAAAACCCUAGCUACCGCUUCGCCGAAUUCCCUGUCCUCCGCCCGCUUCGCCGAAUUCCCUGUCCUCCGCCCGCUUCGCCGAAUUUCCUCUCCUCCCCGCCCGCCGCCCGUCACCGCGGCUUCGUCUGCGCUUGUCCCUCCCGUUCCAAGGAGCACGUGCUUCUCGCCGCGCCGUUCGCCCGCCGCCGCCGCCACCGGUUCAUCGCCAGCUAUGUCUUCUCAGGUCGACAGCCGCAGCCAGUCCGCCGGGAAGCGCGCGCGCACCGACGGCAGCCGGCGUGAGGACGACUGGGUUUGCCCCAGCUGCAAGAACGUUAACUUCGCCUUUCGCACCACUUGCAACAUGCGCAACUGCAACCAGUCCAGGCCAGCAGAUCACACGAAGGCCAUGCAGACCCCGCCUCGCUAUCCCACAUCAGGAGGUUACAUGAGCCCAGGGACGCCACCGUCGAUGUACCUUGGUGGUGGUGCUCCCCCAUAUGGCUCUUCAAUGUUUAACGGGCCUGCAAUGACGCGCUAUGGUAUCACACAGUUCCCUGGGGGUUCUGCGUAUCCAUAUGGAUAUGGUGGCCGCAUAUCAAUGGGGAGCCCCUACGGGCCAAUGCAAAUGGCUGGGCCAACCGCAUACUCUGGUGGAUCUAUGAUGGGAGCAGGUGGAAUGUAUGGAAUGCCCAUGGACAGGUAUGGGCUAAUACCUGCUGGUUCUGGUCCAAUGGGCACGAGAGCUGGCUCAUAUUCUGAUGAAGAUUCUCAGAAGAAGUCUGCAGGAGCUGGCCGUGAUAAUGAUUGGGAGUGUCCAAAUUGCCACAACAUCAACUUUGGCUUCCGCACAGUCUGUAAUAUGAGAAAGUGCAACACACCUAGACCUGAAAACCAGGGAUCUAAGCCUGAUGGUUUAAGAGGGUCAAAACCAAAGACACCAGAGGGCAGUUGGAAGUGUGAGCAGUGCAAUAACAUAAACUAUCCUUUCCGAACGAAAUGCAAUCGUCCCCAAUGUGGAGCAGAAAAGCCAUCACAGACGAACAAUGCAAAUGAAUCAGCGGAAGAUCAGGACAAUCAGUGAGUCCUAGAACAGUAAUGAGGGUCAAGAAGGUCCAGCGUCGUCGUCAAGGUUCAGUCUGAAUGUGGGGUACAUCUGUGUCAGUAGUCGCCGUUACAAGUUUCUUCCCCUUGAGAACUUAGUUGAGUCGGGGCCUUGGAGUUGGCAAUGGAGUCUUGCCUUCCUUAAUCACUGCGGAUAAUGGUCAAGAACAUCAAUUUGUUAUGUGGUUUGUCAAGAACAUCCAUCUUGCCUUUCCUGGCUGAACUUGGUUACUUGUCUUUGUUACUGGUACUCUGGAUAAAUUACCAUAUGUUAUAUGAAUGUCUUUUAUAUGUGUCAUAGAAUAUCACUCAUCUGUUAUGAAGUAUCACAACUGUCACCAUUUUGUUUUGGUUUUGUUCUGGUCAUUGUUUUCAAUUUAUGGUUGGUUUGGUAUUUUUACAGGUUCUUUCUGAAUGGUUGUGAUGGCAACCUUUCUUUCCUUCCAAAGUAGUUUUCUUAGAGAUGUUUGCAACUUUCCCUGGUAGCAAUAGUUAGGUCUUAAGUUGACAGCUGACAUCUUGGUUGCAUAACUGCAUAUGUUACUGUUAUCAUCUUCCAUGUUGUCUGGAGCUUUAGCUGUUCAAGUAUCACCAUUCAGUGUUUUGGUUAGAAGAGAUGCUCCUUGGUGAAGUGACGUGCAUCUCAUUUUGCAGUGGUAGUAGACUAAUCACCCUGCAUGCUUGUCUCUAAUGCAACUACUUCACUGACUUGGUGCCAUUGGACUUAGUUUUCGUCAUGUAAAAUUACAAAGCUUUUUAUCGAAGCUACGACUUCUGCGUGAGUUUCAAGACAGCAGUGAGCAGGCAGAUGGAUCUUCCUUGUCCUGCUGCUGGAGCACUGACACAGUGACACUGCGGAUUGGCAGCAGUCCAGUGAGUUUCAGGACAGUCUUACAAACUGAUGUGGCUACCAUUUCGCAUCGGAAAACAAGGUGAGGAAUUUGCUUAUAGUGUCUCGAGCGUCUUGAGUCUUGCCAGAUCUGAUUUGGAAAUUCGAUAUGGUGUUGAGCAUUGUGAUAGUCAGAGUCAGGAUCUUUUAAUGUAGCCAUUUCAGUAUUUGCUCGGAGUGAUGCUUGUCUUAUUUUUAUUCUUCCUUUAUUCUUUUUUUCAUUAUGUUCUGUGUCUAGCACUGUUAUUUCUCAUCCUACCUUAAUGUAAAUUUCGUCUUCUCA